GACAUGGUUUGAGUCUACAUGUCCCCUUAGAGGAACUAGUGAAUUAGUGUCACUAGAAAUCAGUACAAAGUUUUGACUUUUAUUCUAUGAAGAAUCAUUUCUAUCUUGAUGGGAUUGGUGAGGACUCACUCAAUGGAGAUUGUUUCUGCUUUGAAGAAAGAAAAUGCAAGCUGAUUUGGUGUUUUCAUCUCGUCACUCACCUGUCAUCUGUUUGAAUGGCUGUGUAGCCUCCAGUCAGCCUCUAGCAUCCAACAUUGGACUUGACAUUCUGAAAAGGGGUGGAAAUGCUGCCGACGCUGCUGUCGCUGUGGCUGCAGCCCUGAAUGUAACAGAGCCUACAAGCACAGGCCUUGGAGGUGAUGCUUUUUGUCUCUUUUAUGACGCUGCCACCAAACAAGUGCGAGGACUUAAUGGGAGUGGAAGGAGUCCCAAAGCUCAGACUCUGGAACUGAUGGAAGGGUGUGGAUUCAGUCAGAGUAACCCACCACCUAACUGCCAUGCCUUCAAUGUUACUGUGCCUGGAGCUGCAGCAUGCUGGUGUGACACCGUGACCUUGUUUGGAAGCAGUAAGCUGUCUUUAGCCGACCUUCUGCAACCAGCUAUAGAUCUGGCUCAGAACGGUUUCCCAGUGGCUGAGAUUACAGCGUACAUGUGGGCCAUGAAUACCAAAUCCCUGAGAGCUGCUGGGAGAGAACUAGGAGAAGAUUUACUCAUUAACAAACAGCCACCAAAACAUGGACAGGUCAUGACCAAUCCCAACCUCGCACGCACGUUCCAGGAGCUUGCACUUCAUGGGAGAAAGGGGUUCUAUGAGGGCAGGAUUGCCCAGGCUGUGGUUGAUGUCGUGCAAGAAAAUGGUGGUGUGAUGAGGUUGGAUGAUCUCAAGAGCCACGUCACUAAAGAGAUCAUGCCGAUUUACACUGAUUACAAAACGGUACGAGUGUGGGAGGUCCCACCCAACAGUCAAGGGAUGGCAGCUCUUAUUGCACUUAAUAUUCUUGAGAAUAUUCCUAUCAAAGGCCUGGGUCACAAUAGUGCCAACUACCUGCACAUCCUGGUCGAGUUGCUGAAAUUGAGCAAAUUCACUACAGACCCAGACAAGUCGAUUGUGCCUGUGGAGGGGCUUCUUUCCAAAGAUUAUGCUCUCCAGCGUGCCCAGCUCAUCCAAAUGGACAAAGCCCGGACUGUGUGUGAGCCUGGGAUUCCCACAGGAAGUGACACGGUGUAUUUCACAGUGGUGGACAGAGAGGGAAACGCCUGUUCCUUUGUGAACAGCAAUUACAUGGGCUUUGGCACUGGCCUUGUCCCACGAAACUGUGGCUUUUCCUUGCAAAACAGAGGUGCUAAUUUCUCUCUGGACCCCAGUCAUGUGAACUGUAUAGGUCCAGAGAAGAGGCCAUACCACACUAUAAUCCCUGCCAUGCUCACAGAUCCCUUGUCAGGGUGCCUCCUCUGCUCCUUUGGGGUGAUGGGGGGCUUCAUGCAGCCUCAAGGUCAUGUGCAGGUAUUGCUCAAUAUGUUAGAGUUUGGCAUGAAUCCUCAACGUGCACUUGAUGCCCCACGUGUGUUCGUGCAGUUUGAUCAGGCUGCACAGCUGUGGAUGCUCCAUCUGGAGGCAGGCAUAGACCGAGGUGUGGCUGAUGAGCUCAGAGAACGGGGCCAUGUUGUGAACUGGCCAGUAGAAGGGCAUGAGCGGGACCGGUUUGGACGUGGGCAAAUCAUCAGCAUUGGAAAGUGGUGGUGGGAAUUAACAGAGGAAAAACCAGAAGAAGAAGAGAGGAUUCUGUGGGCUGGAUCUGACCCUAGGGCAGAUGGAUGUGCUGUGGGGUAUUAGCUAGAAAACUGAAGUGAAAAUCAUGGGAUUAGUGGAUAACAAUUAAACAAAUAUGAGAACCCAGAUAGCACCUAUAAUCAGAUGAACAGUGAAGUGCCUUUAAGACAAUGCAGUGGUCCAUUUGCCUUCACUUCUUUUUUAUUAGAUAAUGCUGAAAAGCUUUACAGAUAAGUAUUUUAAUGCUUUUAUGUGUGUGCUUUAUAUAUCCACAUAUAUAUACAUAUAUACAUGUAUAUACUGUAUACAGUAUAUAUUUAUUGAAUGUGGAAAAGGUUUUAUUUUUUAUUUUUUUUGUAAUAUUUUCUUGCCCAGGCUUCCUGCAAAGAUUAUAGAGCCAAUUUAACAAACACAGCUGUAAAAACAGUCAUUUCCUCACACAAUAAAUGUUUACCUUUGUUUAUGUUGUUCUAUAGCCACUAUAGUGUAUGUGCCCUUAGCAAAAUGGACAUAAGCCUAAUUAAUACAGUUAUUUGAAUCAGAGAGAGGCUGUGAAAUUGUGUGUUAUGUUAAAUUUUCAGCUCAUUCUGAGAUAAAUACGGCUUUAAAGUACAGCUUUACGUAAAUUUUGUGCUACCAUGCUACGUUGUUGUUCUAAAGAUCCGUUUUGAGAUAAUUCGCAGUUCAGCAGCGAGUUUACCUCAAGACACAAUAAGUGUAGCACACAUUUGGCAAAGACACACAAGCUUAGCCUCGUGAUUUCCAAAAAUAUAAAAGCACUUAUGUAUGCCAAACUCAGGCAUAAUCAUUUAUAAAUACAGUACUGAUAAAUAGUCAUAUGAGAUAUGUGAGGAAUCAGAAUGAAGGUGAAGGUGCCAGUGAUAUAGAUGAAAAUUACAGUAACCUUAGCAGUUAAGAAAUGACAGCCUAUUUCAGUCAAUUCAUAUCACUGAUUGUAAUUCCAUUUAAGCAUUUCCGGAACACAUUAAACAUUGUUCCUUAGGA